AUGUCAUUUCCGGACCCAUCCCAACACGGGAUGGCCGACGCGCAGUCGGAUGCGCUUCAUAAUAGCUCGGACUUAUUGGAUGGAACUGCCGACUUCGAUCAUGAUGUUGAUACUUCACUUCUCGCGGAGCACGGAAUCGAAGGGUCGGAUAGGAUUGAGGAAGGAAAACAGAAUGCGAAAGCUGUUCUCGCAGCAUCCGGAGUGACAAUACCCAAAUCAGAUAUUGGCCAUGAUUCUGCCAAUGCGGAUGCUUCUUCGGGCUCACAGAACGGCAAUGCUAAUGGAGCCGCGUCCGGCAAAAAGCGAUCGAGAGAUGGUGCCUUCAUUCGAUCCUCUUCCCUAGGCACUGCAUUACCCGUGCGCGUUCGAGAGACUCCAGUAGACAAGAUUCUGCUGGAUGACUACGUCAAUAGAGAAUUUCAGUAUUCUGCUCUAACGGCAUGGCAAAACCCUAACCAACAGCUGCUCCAGGAAAAGCGUGCAGAACGCGAUUAUUACCUCACUCUACGACGAGAGAAUCAUAUGAACCCUGCCGCUCUGUAUGGCGUUGGCUAUGAAGGAUUCGGGAAUGUCCGCACCGACUUGCGCAAUCAACACCCGCAAUUGCUAUAUCCCGCCCACCGGCGCCGCCCCGGCAAUCGGAAAACACGAGAGCUAAGGGUUUCGCGAAAGGAUAUGAAAACACAAAGCGAGCAGCUUGAAAAUCUAGUACCCAUUAGAUUGGAUAUCGAUUGGGAGAAGGUAAAGAUUCGGGAUACAUUCACCUGGAACCUGCACGACCGCGUCGUGUCGCCCGACCUAUUCGCGGAGAAACUUGUGGAAGACCUGGGCCUGCCGCUCGAAUCGUGCGUACCGCUAGUAAGAAUGGUAUCUCAGAGUAUACAGGAGCAGAUCUGUGACUUCUAUCCGCAUGUCAACAUCGAGGAGGAAGCGCUCGACCCCCACCUCCCGUACAGCGCUUACAAAAACGAUGAAAUGCGCAUUGUGGUCAAGUUGAACAUCACCAUCGGCCAACACACCCUGGUUGACCAAUUCGAGUGGGAUAUCAAUGACCCGCACAAUAACCCUGAAGAAUUUGCGGCGCGGAUGACGAACGACCUUUCUCUUUCUGGCGAAUUCACCACCGCAAUUGCCCAUUCUAUCCGUGAGCAGUCGCAGCUAUUCACCAAAUCUCUCUACAUCGUUUCACAUCCAUUCGACGGACGCCCCGUUGAGGAUCCGGACCUCAAAGCAUCCUUCUUACCCUCACCACUCGCCUCGUCCUUCCGGCCUUUCCAGGCUGCCAAGGAAUUCACACCCUAUCUCUAUGAACUUAAUGAAACGGAGCUUGAGCGGACAGAGGUCUCAUUCCAGAGAGACCAACGGCGACAAAAACGGUCCGUCAAUCGUCGCGGCGGGCCUGCCCUGCCCGAUCUUAAAGACCGUCAACGAACGAUUCGGACGUUGCUUGUAUCAUCUGUCAUUCCGAACACCGCUCCCUCACUGGAAGAGAGCAAUGUAUUCAAACGGUCUGGUUCGAGCCGCCGCGGACGGGCUGCGGUAGGAAUGCGGGACGGAGCUGAUGACUCGGAUGAGUCGGACAGUGACGAGUCUUCCUUGGUUGGAUCUCCUGCCAUUGGACCUCAUCUGGCCCAAGGCACGGCGCGCACCAGAGGUAUGCGGGGAGCUGCCACUGCAGCACACGCGGCUCUACGGGCGAAUCUGGGCCAGUCAGCAACCCCUGAACCCCAUCAUGAACCUCGAGUCUCGGCCCGCAGGCGCGACUAUCGCGAAGAAACCCCAGAAGAACCGGAGAAGCUGGUCGUGACGCUCAAAAUCCCGCGCGAAAAGUUCCGUCAUUUCCUUGUCAAUGGCUACAAACUCAACCCCGCGGUCCAUAGUUCCACAUCGGCAACACAACCCACCUCCCAACGAAGCACGCCACAGGUUCCCACGCCAACACUAAACUCUACCCCUGUUCCACCCCAUCCUCAUCAACAAGCUCGGUUACCUAGCGCCGGUCGCCCAGGCCCUAUCCAACACCUCGGGGCUGUAGAAGCACCCAAUCCUCCUCAGCCAGGCGUCCCUGGGCCUCCGCCUCCGAGCUGGCUAGUAGCAGGUCUCAAUCGGCUCAACCAGGCGAACCCGAAUGACUCGUUUGAAGCAGUGAUGCGAUACACGGCUGUAGACAUGGAGACUAUGCAACCGGUUGGCAACGGACAGGCCCAGACCGGCCAGAAGUUGAAAUACCUCUAUCUUCCACGAAUUAGGUGCCACGAUUGUCCCGGGAAACUCUAUACGCCGGGUCCUGCCACAACGGUGGACAACUUUGAGGUUCAUCUUCGGAACCGACAACACAAAGAGCGCGUCGAAGAACGACUCUCGAAGCAGGCGGCAGGCAAUCUACCUGCACAAUGA